AGAGAAAGACAAAAAUUUAGGGUUUCGAAAAAGAGAAGAAAAAAAAUCAUGUCAUCAUCCAAAGAACAUCAUCCUGAAUCAUUGGCGACCAAAGAAGAUCUCCUUGACUCAUCUGCGAAGAAGAUCACCCUCAAGAGUUAUGACGGUGAAACCUUUGAUAUCGAAGAGGCAGUGGCAUUAGAAUCUCAAACUAUCAAGCAUUUGAUCGAUGAUGUUUCCGACGACACUGGAAUCCCUAUUCCGAAUGUAACUGGCAAGAUCUUGGCUAAGGUUAUCGAGUAUUGCAAGAAACAUGUUGAAUAUGCAAGAUCCAAUGAAAAACCACCGGAGGAUGAACUUAAGAAGUGGGAUGCUGAAUUCGUCCAGGUUGAUCAAGAAACCCUCUUCGAUCUCAUCUUGGCUGCUAACUAUUUGAACAUCAAGAGUCUUUUGGAUCUUACUUGUAAGAGUGUGGCAGACAUGAUGUUGGCGGCUAAGACGCCAGAGGCGAUCCGUGAGACAUUCAACAUUAAGAAUGAUUACAGUCCUGAGGAAGAGCAGAAAAUUCGUAGCGAAAAUCAAUGGGCUUUUGAAUGA